UGAAUAUUGGAUAUUGAAAGUCUGAAGGUCGGCGAGUGUGUUAUGGUUUCAAGGUUUCAACAAGAGGGACUAUACGAUUUCGCUCCGACUCAUAAUGGGCACCUAUAUGGGAGUUUAUUACUUAUACGUUUCCGGGAAAUCCAAAUAAUUCAAGUUUUACGAUUUAGCAGCUACAAUUAAUCUCACCAUCUAACAUUUACUUUCCUCUAUAAAAUACAUCAUUUCAUCCAACUUGGUUUUAUUCCGUCUGUAUUCGCCUAUUGUAUCAAUCCAAGAUUAUUGGUUAGUUAUACGACGGUCUUCACAGUGUAUACUCAUUUUCACUGCAUUUCAAAACUAGAAAGCCCGUGAUAUGUCUACAGGUGUUCUUAAAUUCAUUAUCACUGCUAUCCUACUUAGUGUAAAUAUUAUCUCUUCUUUGAUCGCAUUUUAUGCUGGUAUUAAAGGUGUAAACAGAGAUAAAUUUUCAUCAUCAUCAUGGAGCAUUGGAUUCUCUUUGUCAAACUACUUUUCUAUUGGUCUAUUUAUGGGAAUUUCAAUUUUGGGUUUGUAUAGCAGUUCAGCGGUAAAGUUGCAUACAGUCCAAAAUGAAUUUUCUCAGCAUAGCGCCUUCAAACAUUAUCCUAUUUCAGAAACACUUUUAUGCCUUGGAAUAUUUUUCUUAUUUGUUUGUGAAUGGUGUUCAAGAAAAAUCACAAAAACUGUAUGCAGAUCAUCCGAGCAGCAGAAAAGUUUUAAUAACAAUUUUGAGUUCCUAAAUUCUGUGGAAAAUGUCCCAUUGAAUGGUUCUGCUUAUCUGGAGGAUGAAAUCGAAUUGUUACCAGUGCAAGAAAUUUCUGACAAUAAUGGUACCACUACUAAUAAUUUUGAACGCAAUAAUACAAAAAUCAGACGAACAUCAGUGUACCGAAAUAAAGUUGGACAACAGGGUUUCAGCCUUGCAAAGUCAAUUUUACUUAGCUGUGCACUCAGUUUGCAUUCAUUUCUUGAAGGAUUGAGUUUUGGUCUGUUGGACUCAUUCGACCAGGUUGUUAGCAUGGCUGUUGGUAUGUCCAUGCAUCAGUUUUUAUGUGCAGCCACCUUGGGAUUUCGUCUUGCCCAAUCAAGUGUGACAAACACCAAGAGGUACAUCGCAGUUUUCGUCCUGAUAUGUUACCUGUUAGUUUUCCCUUUCGGUGUUUCAUCCGGUAAAAAGCUGUUCGAGUUGGCCUACACUUCAUACAACGAUAAUUUCACAUCGACCCGUGCAAACAACACACUCACUUCAUCUUCAUCCUAUACUCAUGGAAAUUCUGGUCAACUGAUGAUUGGCUUAUUGCAGAAUUUCGCUGCUUCAUCCUUUCUCUAUGUAAUCUUGUUCGAUAUGUUGCCAGCUGUAUCCUCGUAUGGUGUGAAAACCUUCAGUACACCUUCAGUCGCCUCCGCUUCUUCUAUGCAUUAUUGUAACUCUGCCAAGUAUGAGUCAACUAAACGAAGAAGAGGAAGUGGUAUUCUAUGCUUUUGUUCUGUAUUCGUAGGCUUUGUGUUAGUCUCCGGUCUGAGAUUUCUUCACCAUAAGUGAGACGGCUGGCACAUAUGCCUAUGCAUAUCAUUACUUCCAUGGAUGCGCGUUGUCUUUCAUACUGUUAAGCGGUGGGGUAAUCACAGCUAAGUAAUUUGCCAGUAACGCUUUUCUCUCUCUCUCCCUCCGUCUGUCUCCCACUCAUUAGACUCACCUUCUCAUGGCAUUCAGAGAGACAGUAUAUACAAAAACUUAAACAAAAAUUUAAUUUUGAAUCUCACUGCUUUAUUUGCUCCUCUUUCAAAAUUGUUAAGAAUUGGCUAGUGUUUGUUUGUUUGCCUGUUUCUCUAAGUGUGUGUCGGUGUGUGUGUGUUUGCGUUGUGUGAAACACACAAUACUUGUUUAUUUUGUUUAAUCAAUAUUUUUUGAAUUACUCAAGAAAACUAGAAAACAUUUUUUAGAGACUUUUUUGUUUGUUCUUUUUGGUUAUUUUUAAAAAACAAACUUUAAAAAAGUACAUGUUACCGUGGGUUUGGUGAGCAGUUCUUGCUUUAUUUCUUUACGUUCCCAGUGAAACAUAGGGGGCUUCAAGCUAGAGGCUUGAAAUUUCUGUAGCAGUAGUGUUUACUUUUACGGGAUGGGGUCGCUAGCAUUACAACCAACCUCCCCUCUUUACCAGUCUUAUUGUAACAGCAGAAGACAAGGACCAGACAACAGACUUUUUAUUGAGGAAAUCAACACAUGACCAACUAUUGGGGACGUACAGAUUGACGUAAAUUACUGUCUACCAACUUUGGUUAACAGCCAGCUCUCACCACACUCGUCCCCCCCCCCGUCAAAGACUUGCGACUGAAGUUGAUUCGGUCUUUUUGGUUCUAGGAGCUUUGUUCGUUCGUCUUGCUGUCUAGAAUCGCGGCACUCGCUGAUGUUCACCUGUUUCUUUUUGUUCACCAUUGCGAUUGUGUCUGCGUAACCCCAUCUCAACGUGACCGUAUGUUGUCCUUCCCACUUUGGAAACUGUU